GGAGAGCUGUGUCUUUAUUAGAGUAAUAAAUUAUGUAAAGAAAGAAAGAAAGAAAGCAACACACACACACACACACACACACACAAAUGAACUCCCUCAAGCAAAGCACCAGACACUCCUUAUAUAUACCUCUUCAGUAACUCAUUCCUCACCUCACAGUUCUUUUUUUUUUUUAUUCACUUAUCUAGUCUCAGCUGCUGCCUCUUUCUCUUUGCUUGUGCUAUUUGUGCUGCUGAAGAAGUGACAAGUUCUUGCAAGAAUGGUGGCCAAGAAGCCAAGAAUUGUGAUUAUUGGGGCAGGAAUGGCUGGCCUCACAGCUGCAAACAAGCUCUACGUGUCACCAGGCUCCAAGGAACUGUUUGAGCUUUGCCUGGUGGAAGGUGGGAAUAGGAUUGGUGGGAGGAUCAAUACUUCGGAGUUUGGUGGUGACAGGAUUGAGAUGGGGGCUACUUGGAUCCAUGGGAUCGGAGGCAGCCCAAUUCACAAAAUUGCUCAGGAGAUCCAUUCACUGGAGUCUGAGCAGCCAUGGGAGUACAUGGAUGGCUUCUCGGACGAGCCAGUGACUAUUGCUGAAGGUGGGUAUGAGGUCAAUCCAUCUCUUGUCAAGUCUCUAUCUAGUUUUUUCAAUAAACUGAUGGAUUUUGCUCAAGGAAGGGCAAGUGGUGAUGAAGUGUUAAGCAGUGAAGAGAUUGAGUAUUGUAAGCUAGCUGCCAAAGCUUUCAAUAUCAGUACACAAAAUGGUGGUGCCUCUGCAAAGCUCAGUGUUGGUUCUUUUCUUCGACAAGGCCUUGAGGCCUACUGGGAAUCAAUUGAAGGCCAUGAGGAGCUCGAAGGGUGUGGCAAUUGGAGCCGAAAGUUGCUUGAAGAAGCCAUUUUCGCAAUCCAUGAGAACACUCAGAGGACAUACACAUCAGCUGGCGACCUGCUAACACUUGAUUACAAUGCAGAGAGCGAGUAUCGUAUGUUUCCAGGUGAAGAGGUAACCAUUGCUAAAGGUUAUAUGAGCAUAAUUGAGUACAUAGCUUCUGUUUUGCCCGCUGGUUCAAUCCAGUUAGGCAGAAAGGUCACGAAAAUUGAAUGGCAGCUGGAGAAUCAUCACUUGCUAGAGAUGGAAAAUGGCCAUGACAGUAGGCCUGUGAGGCUGCACUUCUCUGAUGGAUCAGUGAUGCUGGCCGAUCAUGUCAUUGUCACAGUUUCACUGGGGGUUCUCAAAGCUGGAAUUCAAGAAGGUUCAGGUAUGUUUGAUCCUCCACUCCCAAGCUUCAAGUCUGAGGCAAUUUCAAGGCUUGGUUAUGGUGUUGUUAACAAGUUGUUUCUGCAAUUGAGUCCAUCCUCUGGUAGUGAAUUAGGCAAUUCCAGCAAGUUCCCAUUCUUGCAAAUGGCUUUCCACCGGUCAGAUUCCCAAUUGAGGCAGCCAAAAGUUCCGAGGUGGAUGAGGAGGACAGCUUCUCUGUUCCCAAUCUAUGGCAAGUCUCGUGUUCUACUGUCUUGGUUUGCAGGGGAAGAGGCCCUUGAGCUCGAGUCUCUUGAGGAUGAGGAGAUCAUUAGUGGGGUUUCAGCAACAAUCUCUAACUUUUUGCCAAAUUCACAGCACAAAGUGAGUGGUCCUGUUUCUCAUGGAGAAGUAUGCAACGGGAAAGUGAGUCCUACUAAUUCAGUAAAGUUCAGCAAGGUUUUGAAGAGCAAAUGGGGCACUGAUCCACUCUUCUUGGGAUCCUAUAGCUUCGUCGCAGUGGGAUCGGGUGGGGAUGAUUUAGACACCAUGGCCAUGCCAUUGCCCAAAGAUGAGAAUUAUGGUUCAAAUGCUUCUCCUCCACUUCAAAUUCUGUUUGCAGGGGAAGCAACACACAGAACCCAUUAUUCAACUACUCAUGGAGCCUUUUUCAGUGGUCUCAGAGAAGCCAACAGGCUCCUUCAACAUUACCAGUGCAGGAAGGUAUGAGAGUUGUUGGUGCAAGUACAUUUUAAUUAAGAAUCUUUAAUGGGAAGAUAUCUCUUUCUCUUACACUUUGAUCUCAUAUUCGUCUGGAGUGAGAGAGAAGUAAAAUCAAAGUGAAUUGGGAGGGAAAGGGGGAGUGGGGUGGGAUGAUAGAGAGAGAUGGUGACAUUUUUAGAUGUAUUGAAUGAGCUAAAAAGAAAUAUUCUUUUGAUUUUUCUAUUGCUUUUUCUCUUGGUUUGAGACUAGUCUUGAGCUUCUUUCCUAUUUUGAUGUUCAAAAAAGAACUAGUUGAGGUUAUGUUUGGCAUUGAAUAUUUGUAAGAUAAAGUAGAGAUUAAAAAGGAAAAGGAAGCUUUGGAUCUCAUCAACUGUUGGCCUCUCGCAUGAGUUUCUUUUGGUUUGCACACUGGA